AUGAGAUUUUGCACAGACAGUCGUUCAUUGGUUCUAAUCGCCAUUUCGGAUUCGUUGAAAUCGGCCAAAUUCGAUAUGACGUCUCAUUUUGAUUGCAUCGGCUUUGUGUCUGUCGGUGUGGCUGAAGAACAGCGCAAAAUGUCAGCGACAUUUACGAACCGCCGCUUCGAGCCAGUUGGCGGUAAGUCUCUGCUGAGGCUCAUUCCGCUGAGUCUGCUGAGUCAAGAAUUGAAUGGCUGGUCCCGGAUCAACGGUUCAGCAGCACAAGGCCGUUUGCGAGGAUCGAACGAAGCGUCGCCUUGUCUGCCGAUCAGAGCUUUGCGAAAUCUGAUCUUCGCUCGCUCCCAGGAGACCAGUGGAGCGCCGGUGCUGAUGGCGCACUUAGGAGUGCCGAUUGAUCAGUUCGAAAUGGAGAGUCACUCAAUUGACUAA